CAAAAUCACGAUAAAAAACAAAUUAAAAUUAACAUUAUUCUGAUCAGUUGACUUCCACAGUUCACUACUAUACAAGUCACAGGCAUGUUGUCAGCACUCAAAAUCACCAAAAACGUAAAGUUUAUAAAAUAAUUAAUCCAAUGAAUGUCUUUAAAUACUAUGUAUAUUAAGCUCAAAAUCACGACAAAAAACAAAUUGAAAUUAACAUUAUUCUGAUCAGUUGGACUUCCACAGUUCACUACUAUACAGGUCACAGGCAUGUUGUCAGCACUCAAAAUCACCAAAAACGUAAAGUUUAUAAAAUAAUUAAUCCAAUGAAUGUCUUUAAAUACUAUAUUAAGCUCAAAAUCACGACAAAAAACAAAUUAAAAUUAACAUUAUCCCGAUCAGUUGGACUUCCGCAGUUCACUACUAUACAAGUCACAGGCAUGUUGUCAGCACUCAAAAUCACCAAAAACGUAAAGUUUAUAAACUAAUUAAUCUAAUGAAUGUCUUUUAAUACUAAAUUAGCUAAAAAAUCACGACGAAAAACAAAUACGAAAAAUCCAAAAUUAUAUUGAGUUUAGGUUAAAAACGGUUUUGUGUGCCAACCAAAGAUCACGUGAUUUAACUUUGACAGGUCGAUGGAUUCCCUAAUACACGUGCAUUUUGAAAUGUCGAGAAAGUUAGCUUAAAAUAGAAAAUUUAACUGCAAAAAUGAAUAACGGCAAGGAUAUAAACCACCACAAUCUAUGUGAUAGUGAACUAUUUGUUGAGUGUAAUUGUUUAAGUGAAGUACAAGUAACCACUGACUAUAUAUUUAAUAUUGAUGCUACAAAAGACAACAAUCCCAACAUUGCUGUAACCACAGCAAAUAAAAGUUGUUUGGUAUACAGUCUAGACAAUAACCAACUAGCGAAUAUUUGGGAAAGUAAAAAAGAUAAAAGCAAAUUAAUUGGUUGCAAAUACAGUAGUAGAGAGAAAGAAGUGUUGUAUAUUGGUAAUAGUGACGGUGUUAUAAAAACAAUAGAUUUAAGGACACCAGAUAAAGUUGCAGUUCAAUUUAAAGAUACAACAGCAGAAGUUAAUAAGGAGAAAACCUUUAAUUGUUUUGAUGUAUCAUCCAAUGACAGGCUUCUAGCUGCUGGCACAGAUGUACUUGGGGGAGAUGCUUUUGUAUUAUUUUGGGAUAUAAGAAUUAACAAGCUGUUAGGAGGAUAUUGGCAAUCACACACUGAUGACAUUACUCAGGUUCGUUUUCAUCCAGACGAUAUGAAUAAAUUAAUAUCUGGAUCAACCGAUGGUCUCAUAAAUUUAUAUGAUUUGUCCCAGGAGUCAGAAGAUGAUGCCUUAAUAGACACCCUUAAUACCGAAUCUUCUGUAAACGAAUUACAGUGGUUCACCAAAAAUAACAAAGACUGUAUUAGCUGUGUGACCCAUACAUCUGACCUGCAGUUAUGGGAUUUGGACAAAGGUGAACCAUAUCAAUCAUUUAGUAGAGAAUACUUAACCAAGAUGAUGAGUCAGCAUGAUGAUGACUUUUAUUUAGCCAAAUUUCACCAAUUAAAAAAUAGUCAAUUUAUUUUGGGAGGCUCCCAAUAUGAAACAAAGGAAUAUCUAAGGGCAUUAUCAUUGCAGAAAAAAGGAUUGGAACCCUACGUAGAAUUUAAGAAUAAUCAACAGAAGGUUAGGGAUAGUGCAUUCAAUGAAAACACGAACAUUUUGGUAACAGGAGGAGAACAAGGAGUAUUAAAUAUCUGGAAAAUAACUGAUCCAUCGACGUAAAUAAAAGACUAGAUAACA